UCUAAAAAGAAACCACAAUCCGCGAGACAAAAAAGAGCGACGAGGAAAAUGCUCGGAGGAGAGUGAUUGAUCCAAUUUGUUCAAGAAUUUAGAAAAUACUAAUACUGUAUACCAGCAAUUGAUUGAGUGCCAAAAAAAUUGCAAAAGCUUCAGGAAAGAUCGAGAGACAAGACAAGACAAAACAAAACAAAACACUCUCGAAAGGAUGAUGUCGUCUUGCGGAGCCGAAAACACCACCGCCACGGUUCUUCCCUUGCACGGCCAUCACAUCAACUGCGGACAAUCACCGUCUCAGAUGCCAUCCAAACACAAUGGAACUUCUAAACACAAUAAAACUUCUGAGACUGGCGAACACAAACGUUGCUACGAUGGAAAUUUGAGUCAUAAGAAAAACGACCGGAACAAGAAUAAAAAAAACGACAACGAUAGAGACAAUAACAAUUACUUCGAUUUCCCCCUGGUCCAAUCGAUGGUGGCGUCCGAGUCAUCGCGGACACGUGCUCUGUGCAAGGAGGGAUCCAAGCAGAUGAGCUACCCAAAGAGCAACACGGGAUGGAUCCGAACGCUCUUUGUCUUUGAGGGGAGAGCCCUGGGCCGGAUCCUCCUUCCUUGGUCCGUUGUAACGUCGUACGCCAUUGUCUGGGCCGUCGUCUACGAGACCUUCCUCCGCCAACCCGGGGAGGGUAGUACAACCGGCGUCCGCGAAAAAAACUUCUACAUCGAGAGCAUGCUGGAGCUGGUCAUCAGCACCACCCUUGGAUUCUUGCUUGUCUUCCGUCUCAACCGAUCCGCCACGCGAUUCUGGAUGGCCAGGGGCUGCUGGGGCGUCUUGGUGGUCAAGAUCCGGGCGAUGGUGGGGACAGUCCUCCUUUAUGGCUCGCACGACUCUUACCACCGAGACCAGGUAAUCAAGUGGAUCACCGCCUUUUCCAUCGUUUCCAUGAACCAUAUGCGGGGGAUCUCUCGCAUCGAUCCGGAAACGGUCGGGGGGCUGCAGAUCACCCCAGACGAGCUCGACAGCCUCGGCCGCGCAUUCCACCCGCCUCUCCACGUCGCGGACCAGAUCCGCUUCCACCUGGGCGCCUUGUUCGGCCCGGAAUCCAUCGGUGAUAUCGGCGGCAACAACAGCAUCAACAACAACAAAAGCGAAACCGAUCUUCUUUCCCACCGCGCUGCCAUCGCAAUUACGGUAUCGGAUUUCCGCAGCAAGCAGCUCCUAUCCCUGGAGGAACAGCUCAACAUUAUGAUCGACGAAGAGGGCGCUAUGGAGCGGAUCAAGGGAACGCCGCUUCCAAUGGUGUACGUGACGCACUUGCGAACCUGGCUGCUGGUCUUUUUGCUCUCCCAGUCCCACUUACGGCAGCAGGCCUUGGGCCCUUAUCUCACCGUCGCCCUGGUGUCCCUGAUGGCAUUUGCCCUGCUGGGACUGGAGGGUGCGGCGGCGGAAGUCGAGGCCCCCUUUCGUAGGGACAAGACGAACCACCUGGACAUGGACUCGUUCUGUCUGGCAGUCCUGGCGAGCGUCCAGCAGCAGAUCACGGAAGACGCCAACCGGCGAACAGCGAGGGCACAACAAAAAGCCAGCGGUGAUUGACUCCAAGCAACGAGCGAAGCGGAAAAGAGUUCUAUCGAUCGUACUUGCGAUUCAACUACUCAGCAAUAGUGAAUUUUCUCCAGAUUUUAAGGAAGGAAAUAAACAACGAGAGAGAGGAGAAGAAGGGAGAACGGAACCCUAUCACCAGCAUUCGAACAAUGUGUCUUCGAAAGGAACAACAACAUUCAACCGUAGCAAUCCAGUGUUUGAGGAACGAUGAGUUUCAAUAGAGAAAAAAAGUUAUA